UCUCCCCUCCCUCUCCUUCCUGCUUCAUCUCUUCAAGAAAGUGAACAUAAAGUAAAAACACGGAGAGAGAGAGGCAGAGAGAGAAAAAGCUCCCUGAAGAGGGAAGCCCCAGCAGCCAGUAGCUGUUUGGAUUUGCCUGGCGCUGCCUUUCUUGCUUUGCUCCCAAGGAAUACCUUUAAUGGGAUCAAUUGCUUCAGUUCCUUUAUAACCAAGUCCACCGGAAAGGCAGACUCAGCAUAUUAUGGGCAACUGUGUGAAGUCUCCACUGAGAAACCUCUCAAAAAAGGAUAGAGAACUGCGUCCGGAAGAAAUUGAAGAAUUAAGAGAAGCCUUUAAGGAGUUUGAUAAAGACAAGGAUGGGUUUAUUAACUGCAGGGACCUGGGGAACUGCAUGCGAACCAUGGGCUACAUGCCUACUGAGAUGGAGCUAAUAGAGCUCUCCCAGCAGAUCAACAUGAACCUGGGUGGCCAUGUGGAUUUUGAAGAUUUCGUUGAGCUGAUGGGACCAAAGCUGCUAGCAGAAACCGCAGACAUGAUUGGUGUAAAAGAGCUCCGUGAUGCCUUCAGAGAGUUUGACACCAAUGGUGAUGGGGAGAUCAGCACCAGUGAGCUGCGAGAAGCUAUGAAGAAGCUUCUAGGGCAGCAGGUAGGCCAUCGGGAUAUUGAAGAGAUCAUCCGGGACGUGGAUCUGAAUGGAGAUGGGCGUGUUGAUUUUGAAGAGUUUGUUCGCAUGAUGUCCCGUUGAAGAUAAAUCUCAGCUAAAGAAGAAUCAGCACCUUAGAGAGGGCAGAAGAGGACCUAGGUGGAGCAUCUAGCCCCGAUGUUCCCACAUGAAGGUUUAUCGGCUGGCUGCAAUUAGGACAUUGCAAGAUGACCUGCUGCUCCUCCCUCAUGGUGGUCCCCAUGCCCCUCCACCCUUUCACACUGUGAAAGACUUGCAACUUCCUACAACUGGAACCAUUCCUUGGAGUUGAUUACAGGAAACUGCAGAGCCAAGACUUACCAUGAUGCUUUCAUGGGAUAUUUGCAACUUUAGACUCCUCCUCCCCAGCUUUAUUCUCCCACCAGCUGCUGCAAAGCAAGAGCAGGAGAAAUCCUCUUGGCUCGGUGGAUGAGAGCAAAGCCAUUGGGACUGGUGGCAGCCUCAGGGCGUGCUCUGCACUUCUUGAUUUCCCUUGGUGAACUGUGUCUGUGUUUGCUGUCUCUGUGUGUGUGUCUGUCUGUGUGGAGUUAUUUAUGCUUCCCUGGCACAUAUUUGCAUCUCCUGUGGUUAUGUUUACCAAGAGUAAAUUCAAAUACAUGUCUUGC